AUGAAAAUUGAAUGUCAAGAUUUAAGAUUUCGCGACUCUAACAAUUUCUAAAGUAUACCUUAACUGUAAGUAUGCAUAAAAAAAAAUCAAAUAGAUUCUGGUUUUAGGUGAUGGGUCAACUGGCAAAACUUCACUACUUAAUAUACUUACAUAUAGAAAAUAUCCCAUAAAAAUCAAAACCAACUAACCUAAGAUUCCAAUCAAAACUUAAGGAUGUGAUAUCAAAAUAGCAAUGAGAAAUUUAUCGAAUUAAAAUGUUCUCCUUAAAAUGAUUGAUCUUUCUGGAGAUAAGUCAUAGAGACAAUAUCUGGAUGUUUACAUAUCGAGACUCAAAUUGGAUGCAAUUAUCUUUUGUUUUGAUGUCACAAAUCUUAAAACAUUAGACAAUUUGGGAAAAUGGAUUAAGAGAUUAACUGUAAAGGAUGAUAUUCAAGAGGAAAUGGAGGAAUUCUUGGAUACAGAUAGAAGUGAUUUUUCUCUUUAAAGUAGUAUAGCUAUUCAUGAUGGCUAAGAUUUUCUAUUGAAUUAUCAUAAUUACAAAGGAAUUCCAUUAGAAAGAAUCCUUUAAACACCAUUUAUUUUUAUUGGUUGUAAAAUAGAUUUGAUUCCUUGUGAUAUUCAAAAUAGAUUGAGAUAAUAAGUUUAGAAGAGAGUAAUUAUAUAUAGAAUAAAUAAUUAGAUUAAAUAAUUCUACAAACGAUCCAACACAGUAAUUUUAUUAAGUACAUUAAAACCAUCUAUAUAUUGUGAUCAAUUUAAUUUAUUAGAAAACUAAAUUACUAGAAUAUUUCAAAAAGAUAAUAUAGAAGACUUCUUUAUUUAGGAUAAGAUUUAAUCAAAAAUAAUUCCAAUAGAUGAGUCAUUUUGGAAAGAGACAUUUUAAAUAAAAUUAUAAAAUAAAUUACAAUUUUUAUAUGUUUUUGUAAAGCAUUUUUGUUAGAAAUUACUUUUUAAAAAGAUAAAAAGAUGA